AUGAAUCCACCUGCGAAGACCGCUCUCUGGAGCCCGCAGAACUUGAACGAGACAAAUGCAGUCAAGUUCAUCAACCACGUCAAUGAGACAUAUGGCCUGAGAUUGCAAACAUAUGAAGACUUGUACAAAUGGUCGGUAGGAGACGAGACCAUCAAUCAUUUCUGGACUCAGGCGUACGCAUGGCUUAAGAUUUCAAGCAGUGGGACAGAUGAUCUCACUGGAGAAGUCGCAUGUUUCAACCCAAGCGACUCACUCUCCAACCUCAUGUUUCCGCCUCCAAAGUUCUUUCCAACCGCCACUCUCAAUAUUGCCGAGCUGAUUUUCCGAGGUCGCAAGGAUACAGACAUCGCUAUCUAUUUUAGCCGAGAAAGCCUCAGCGACAUCGAGAAAGUAACUUGGGCUUCUCUGAGAGAACGCGUACGAAAGCUGCGCAGUGCAUUAGUAAACUCGGGAGUUGUUGCCGGCGAUGUCGUCGCGGCCGUCAUAUCCAACUCUGUCGACGCCAUCGUUAUCUGCUUGGCAGCCCUGUCAGUUGGCGCACUGUGGUCUUCAACCUCAUGCGAUAUGGGAGUUGGUGGGAUAGUUGACAGAUACUCACAAAUCCGGCCAAAGAUUAUCUUUGCAGACCAGGGAUAUGUCUACGCUGGGAAAAUCAUCGAUCUCAGUGAUCGAAUUCGGCAAUGGUCUAGCGAGCUUCGGGAGCGAAGCGAUAUGUUGGCGCAGGUCGUUGUGAUUCCAAAUCCGAACCUCAACUCAAUUCCUUUACAUCAGCCAAACACAUACACAUUGGAAAAGAUUUUGAAGGCUGACAGAGGAGACCAGUUGCUAUUCGAAAUCAUUCCUUUUUCACAUCCAGCCUUUAUUCUCUUCUCAUCUGGAACAGGAGUAGCCUUGAAGGCCAAGGUCGAUUCAGUCAUUCAACACGAUAUCCGCAAGACUGAUAUUGUGUUUCAAUACACAACUACAUCAUGGAUAAUGUGGGUUUUGAACCUCAUGAAUCUCUCUUGCGGCGCCGCAAUGCUGUUGUACGAUGGCUCUCCUUUUCACCCGCGCCCCAGCAUAUUAUUAGAGCUGGCACAAGCUUUCAAAGUUAGUGUGUUCGGGACAUCGCCGAGAUAUCUCUCCACGCUCAAAGGCCUCGGCAUUACACCAAGACGUGACUUCGAUCUCAGUCGCCUACGUAUCAUGCUGUCAACUGGAUCUGUGCUCUCCGCUGAGUUAUAUGAGUGGUUCUAUUCCAUUGCGUUUCCUCCUUCAGCCCAGUUGAUCUCGAUGAGCGGAGGAACGGACAUUGCAGGAUGCUUUGUAUGUGGAACGCCUAUGUUGCCGGUGUAUGCCGGGGAGAUUCAAUGCAAAGCUCUCGGCAUGGCAGUAGACAUCUACGAUUCUGGGACAGAUGAGCAUGUGUCAGUGGAAGAGCUUGGUGCACCAGGUGAGCUGGUCUGUGCAAAAGCCUUUCCGAGUCAACCACUUGCCUUCUUAGGGAAGGAUGGAUACAAGCAAUAUAAGGCUUCUUACUUUGAACGCUACGGGCCAAGUGUAUGGUGCCAAGGAGAUUUCGUUCAACGGUCACCAGCUACGGGAGGAAUUUUCAUGCUUGGACGAUCCGAUGGCGUCUUAAAUCCUUCCGGAGUGCGUUUCGGUUCCGCAGAAAUUUAUGCGGUUAUUGAAACUAUUCCAGAGGUCUUUGACAGUAUCUGUGUUGGCCAGAAACGAGAAGUCGAUAUCAACGAAAGGGUACUACUGUUUGUGAAGAUAAGACCUGGCGCAUCUCUCACAUCACAUCUCAAGAGCCAAAUAAACAGCGCUAUCCGGGAUCGGUACUCGCCACGGCAUGUACCAGCAUAUAUCUUCGAGGUGGAUGACAUUCCAUACACAGCUAAUGGAAAGAAGUGCGAGAUCAAUGUGAAGCACGCGAUCAACGGGAAUAAGUUUGCCGUGGCCGGAUCAGUGGCAAAUCCGGCAGCUCUCAAGGUUUAUGAGAAGUACCGAGAUCUGCCUGUAGAGGGGCCAAGAAAAAAAUCACAUCAAUCAAACACAAUGGGCACCUUAACGAAAAGCGCGAGAUCACUCCCACUUCUAAAGAAUGGUCUAAGACAUAAUUACAAUGUGAUUAAUAUUUCGUCUUGGAAAGGAUUCCGGCGUUUCUCCUCUUUGAGAUCAGACGUACAGAUCGUUGAGGUUGGUCCAAGGGACGGACUACAAAACAUCAAAGCAUCCAUCCCCACAGCGACCAAAGUCGAGCUGAUUCGCAGACUCGCCGACACAGGAUUAAUCAACAUCGAGGCCACUUCCUUCGUGUCUCCAAAAUGGGUUCCUCAGCUUGCCGAUGGAGCUGAGGUCAUGAAGGAGAUCCUUGCGCGCCCUGGCCACAUCUACCAAUCUCGUCAAAUGAACUACCCCGUUCUGGCACCGAACCUCAAAGGUUUGGAAAACGCGAGCCGGGCUGGGGCAAAAGAGAUUGUGGUCUUUGCGUCUGUGACGGAGGCGUUCAGUAAGGCAAACCAGAACUGUACCGUUGAAGAAGCACUUCAACAAUGUGAAGCUGUCACCAAGAAGGCGCUGAGCCUCGGUAUCAGAGUUCGCGGCGUCAUUUCUUGUAUUUUCUCAGACCCAUUCUCGGGCCCUACAUCACCAAGCGCUGUUUUGCCAUUGGUGGAAAGGUUACUGGAGAUGGGCUGCUACGAAGUUGGCUUAGGAGAUACUCUCGGUGUCGGUACCCCGAAGAAGGUCCAGGACGUUCUCGACAAGCUCCUUGCCGAGAUAUCUCCCAAUAGACUUGCUGGUCACUUCCACGACACCUAUGGCCAAGGAAUUGCGAAUAUCGUCCGUGCCUACGAGAUGGGUCUUAGAAAGUUUGACAGUAGUGUUGCCGGCCUCGGUGGCUGCCCUUAUGCGCCUGGAGCCCGAGGCAAUGUUGCGACCGAGGACGUUAUCUACACUCUGGAGAACUCGGGAAUCAGUACUGGUGUGGACUUGAAUAAGCUUUGCAAUGUCGGGCAAUGGAUAUCCAAGGAGAUUGGCAUUCCAUAUGGGAGUAGGGCGGGUGCCGCUUUGGUUGUCAAGAGAAGCAAUACUAUCUCCAGCUCAGGCACGCCGAAACCUACACCUCCAAAACAACAUCGGUCAUGGAAGAUUGUGGAAGACACUGGAGAAUAUCGUGUCUCUCGAUCGGGUACCGCCUUGAAAGUCACCCUGACACGACCGAAGAAUGGAAAUGCCUUGACUGAUUCCAUGCUUGAAGGUCUGACCGUCCUUUUCAAGAAGCUUCCUCAAGACCCAUAUGUAUAUCAUCUCGUGAUUGAGUCAGAGGGCAAGUUCUUCUGUACGGGCAUGGACCUUAGCGGAAACACUGACACGGCCAACGGCUCCGACGAUGGCAGCUACUACGCCAAGGUUGCUGCAUUGUAUGAAGCCUUAGACCACGUUCCCCAGACCACCAUCGCCGUCGUCGACGGGCCAUGUUACGGCGGCGGGGUUGGGUUGGCGUUCACUUGCGAUGUUCGGCUUGUAUCCCCCAAAGCGCGUUGGACACUCAGCGAGAUCAAGAUUGGGGUCAGUCCAGCCGUGAUUUCAAAGUAUCUCGUGCGGGAAUGGGGUGCUUCUAUCGCUCGUGAAGGUAUGCUCUCUGGAAGGGAAAUACGUCCAGAAGAGCUCGCUCGGGUAGGAGCCGUUCAUGGAAUAAGCAGCGAUGAGGCAUCGUUGACAACGCUACUGGACAACUAUCUAGAUCAGCUGGAUAAGUGUGCUCCUCGAUCUGCAGCUAUUAACAAGGAACUCACAAGAAUGGCCUGGUUAUCACCGGACAGUGAGAAGCAGGCGAGUCUGGUCAAGAGGACAUUCGCCAACAUGAUGGUCCCCGGAUCCGAGGGGGAGCAUGGAAUUAGGCAGUUUCAAAAGAAGGUCAAGUCGUUCAGCUGGAAGGAUUUUUGGGGAAACAAGAGCCCUUUAGAGAAGUCCAUCUAUUGA